AUGACCCCAGUCCAAUCCGCGACUAUUCCUCUGUUCAUGAAACAUAAAGAUGUCGUCGUUGAGGCUGUCACUGGUUCUGGAAAAACCCUCGCUUUCGUUAUCCCAAUUCUAGAAAAACUUAUCCGCAGAGAACGGCCCCAUAGGCGGAACGAAAUCGGGGCGUUGGUUAUCAGCCCGACGAGAGAACUUGCGACCCAGAUACACUCCAUCUUUGCUCAGUUUCUGGAUUCACAACCUGGCUCUGCUGCGGCAGAAAAUGAAGAAGAUGACCCGUCCUUGCUGCCUUCACCCCUUCUUCUCAUCUCGUCUGACGAUUCCUCGCCCGCAAAAGAUAUACAGCGCUUCCUCUCCACCGGAGCGGACAUUGUCAUUGGAACACCAGGUAGAGUUGAAGAAUUCCUCCUCGGAAAAGGUCGAGACUCGGUCAGCGUAAAAGAACUCGAAGUCCUCGUCCUGGACGAAGCCGACCGACUCCUCGACCUUGGAUUCCAACAAGCCCUAACUCGUAUAAUCACCCACCUUCCCAAACAACGCCGCACAGGCCUUUUCAGCGCAACAAUGACGGAGGCUGACGCCCUCUCCGAGCUCGUUCGCGUCGGACUGCGCAACCCAGCCCGCGUCGUCGUCAAAGUCCAGGCUAAAAAACAUCUAAAAGACCCCAAAGGGAAAGGAAAAGAAUCCGCUGUGAUAGAAGAACGCCGGAUCCCGGCCAACCUCCAAAACUACUACAUCUCUUGCAAGACUUCUGAAAAACUCCUCCAGUUAGUGAGGAUCAUCGAACACGAGAUCAACGAACAGCAGAGCUCGCAGUUUAUCGUGUAUUUCGCGACACUCACGCAAAGGUUACAGAUCCUUCCACUUUUCGUACCAAAAUCCACUUCCCUCUACUCCCUCCACGGCAACCUCCAACCAACAGCCAGAACACGCACACUGAACUCCUUCAGCACCAACCCUUCUUCUCCAGCCAACCCUUCCAUUCUCCUCGCCACUGACGUCGCAGCACGUGGCCUCGACCUCCCCCACGUCGAUGUUGUCAUCCAAUUUGACCCUCCAACCGACACCAAAGCUUUUUCACAUCGCUGCGGUCGAACAGCGCGUGCAGGUCGGAAAGGUCGCGCUUGGGUGCUCUUGUGUGGGAGGGAGACAGAGUACGUAGAUCUUUUGAAGGUUAGGAAGAUUCCCAUUGUCGAGAAGGGUGCUUUUGGGAGGGGUGGGGACGUGCCUAUGUAUGAGCGAGGAAAAACCGAGGAUGAGGGCGACAACGAACAGGACAGCGAAGAGGACGGUCAGGUGGAGGAAUACCUAACAACAACGCGAGAAUUCGUGCUCAAAGACCGUGCGAGGAACGAUUUGGCAAUGAAAGCUUUCGUUUCUUUCGUCCGGGCUUAUUCGAAACACGAAGCAUCGUACAUAUUCAGAGUGAAGGACCUCGAUCUUAUCGGACUCGCAAAAUCAUUUGGGUUGCUUAGGUUACCCAAAAUGCCGGAACUGAAGGACAUGGAGAGGCUGAAUUGGAAGGACGCAGAUCUGGACUGGGACGAAUACAGCUACUCGGACCCAGCACAGGAAUCCAAACGCCUCCAAACCCUUCAAACCUCCAAGUCUGCAGAAGCCAAAGAAGAAAAACAACGCCAAGCAAGAGAGCGUGCCAUGAAGAAAAAGGCAUCCGCACCUUGGAGUGAACAAGCGGGUAGGAAAGACGAAAAGGCAAAGAGGAGGGAGAAGAAGAUUGCGAAACGCAAGUGGCUAAAGGCCCAAGACAGUUCUGCAGCCGCAGCGGGGGCAAAGAGACCGAGGGAAGGAGGCGAUGCAAGUGACGAUGGUGGCGAUGGCGAUGGCGAUGAUUGGGAUGAACUGGCGAGAGAGGAGAGGAUGGCGAAGAAGGUGAAAAAGGGUGAGAUUCCGCAAAAGGUAUUCGAUGCAGAGUUUGGUGAUCUUUAGUUUGAUUGGAUUCUUUACCAUCUCACCUCGAUUGCAGUCAAAAUUCUAUUAGAUGGCG